AUGAUGAAUCGAAUUCAUAUCCGACUUGUGGGUGGACAUUCCUCCAAUGAAGGCAGAGUGGAGGUGUUCCAUGACGGACAAUGGGGGACCGUCUGUGACGAUGGUUGGGAUCUGUAUGACGCUCAAGUGGUCUGUCGUCAGCUUGGAUAUUCCGGUGCAACAGAAGCUCGUGUAAGGGCAGCCUUCGGGCAAGGGUCUGGGCAGAUCUGGCUGAACAAUGUAGGGUGCGAUGGUUCCGAGACAACUAUUUCUGACUGUGGACACGGAGGAUGGGGAUCACAUAACUGUGACCACAGCGAAGAUGCUGGAGCAGUUUGUAAAGGUGAUAUCCGACUUGUGGGUGGAAAUUCUUCCAAUGAAGGCAGAGUGGAGGUGUUCCAUGACGGACAAUGGGGGACCGUCUGUGACGAUGGUUGGGGGCUGGAAGAAGCCCAUGUGGUCUGUCGUCAGCUGGGAUAUCCCGGUGCAACAGAAGCUCGUGUAAGGGCAGAGUUCGGGCAAGGGUCUGGACAGAUCUGGCUGGACGAUGUAGCGUGCGAUGGUUCCGAGACAACUAUUUCUGACUGUGGACACGGAGGAUGGGGAUUACAUAACUGUGAGCACAGCGAAGAUGCUGGAGCAGUUUGUGAACGUGAUAUCCGACUUGUGGGUGGAAAUUCCUCCAAUGAAGGCAGAGUGGAGGUGUUCCAUGACGGACAAUGGGGGACCGUCUGUGACGAUGAUUGGCAGCUGAAAGACGCCCACGUGGUCUGUCGUCAUCUUGGAUAUCCCGGUGCAACAGGAGUUCGUGUAAGGGCAGCCUUCGGGCAAGGGUCUGGGCAGAUCUGGCUGAACUAUGUAGGAUGCGAUGGUUCCGAGACAACUAUUUCUGACUGUGGACACAGAGGAUGGGGAUUACAUAACUGUGACCACAAUAUCCGACUUGUGGGUGGAAAUUCCUCCAAUGAAGGCAGAGUGGAGGUGUUCCAUGACGGACAAUGGGGGACCGUCUGUGACGAUGAUUGGGGGCUGGAAGAAGCCCACGUGGUCUGUCGUCAGCUGGGAUAUCCCGGUGCAACAGAAGCUCGUGUAAGGGCAGCCUUCGGGCAGGGGUCUGGACAGAUCUGGCUGAACAAUGUAGGGUGCGAUGGUUCCGAGACAACUAUUUCUGACUGUGGACACGGAGGAUGGGGAUUACAUAACUGUGAGCACGGCGAAGAUGCUGGAGCAGUUUGUGAACGUGAUAUCCGACUUGUGGGUGGAAAUUCCUCCAAUGAAGGCAGAGUGGAGGUGUUCCAUGACGGACAAUGGGGGACCGUCUGUGACGAUGAUUGGCUGCUGAAAGACGCCCACGUGGUCUGUCGUCAUCUUGGAUAUCCCGGUGCAACAGGAGUUCGUGUAAGGGCAGCCUUCGGGCAGGGGUCUGGGCAGAACUGGCUGGACGGUGUAGCGUGCGAUGGUUCCGAGAUACCCUUUCAGCACCCAGCUGACAUGACUAGUGUCCUCCUAACCCCCAUACAGAGCCUCUGA